GCUCCGUCCCCGCGUCCAUGUGUCACGCAGCUGCGCACCUCCUCCCAGGCGCCGUUUGUUUCAUUUGCGCCAUUUUGUCAGCUCACUUUGUUGAUUGGGCUUUAGCGAGCUGUACUAGAGCCAAUCAGAGGGAAACCGGACAACGAAGACACGAGGUUGUGACAAGAACAAGCUAUGGAGCAGUACACCACUGCCACCACUACGACUGGGGAGCAGAUAGUUGUGCAGACAUCCAAUGGACAGAUCCAACAGCAGGUCCAGGGACAGCCUCUGAUGGUCCAGGUGAGCGGUGGGCAGCUCAUCACAUCAUCAGGGCAACCCAUAAUGGUGCAGGCCAUGUCAGGGGGUCAGGGUCAAACCAUAAUGCAGGUCCCUGUAUCUGGAGCUCAAGGAUUACAGCAGAUCCAGCUGGUGCAGCCAGGUCAGAUCCAGCUGCAGGGCGGACAGACUCUCCAGCUCCAGGGUCAGCAGGGUCAGCCCCAGCAGAUCAUCAUCCAGCAGCCUCAGACAGCCAUCACCGCUGGACAGAACCAGGGACAGCAGAUCAGUGUCCAGGGCCAACAGGUGGCACAGACGGCUGAUGGACAGACCAUUGUGUACCAGCCUGUCAAUGCAGAUGGCACCGUCCUGCAGCAGGGAAUGAUCACAAUUCCAGCUUCUAGCUUGGCAGGUGCCCAGAUUGUACAGGCAGGCGGUGCCAACACCAACACUACUAACAACGGCCAAGGCACUGUGACCGUCACCCUGCCCGUCUCUGGUAACAUGGUCAAUGCAGGUGGAAUGGUCAUGAUGGUGCCUGGAGGUGGGGCAGUUCCCACAAUGCAGCGUAUCCCCCUGCCAGGGGCUGAGAUGCUCGAGGAGGAACCUCUGUACGUUAACGCCAAACAGUACCACCGCAUCUUGAAGCGAAGACAGGCUCGUGCCAAGCUGGAGGCCGAGGGCAAGAUCCCCAAGGAAAGGAGGCAGAAAUACCUUCAUGAAUCUCGCCACCGUCACGCUAUGCAGCGGAAGCGGGGAGAUGGAGGACGAUUCUUUUCACCUAAAGACAAGGAGGAAAUGGCUUUGGCCUUGGCACAGCAACAGCAGGAGGUAGCUCAGGCAGCAGCAGAUGAGACCGUGGCCCAGAUGAUCCGAGUUUCAUAGCACUGUCGCCAACCUCAUCUCUUCUGUCUGUGAACUCGGCCCUGCCUGAGACUCUUCAUCUCAUCUGACCUGUUCUGCCGCUCCACCUACUCUCACUUUUACUCCCUCCUGCCACGCCGUCAUACACCAAGCAGCACCGCCACUGGGUUUCUUCUGUUAUCUCUCCAGUCCGAUACUGGUCUUUCAGGGAGCCGGCCGUGUGGCUGCUGAGCCUGUUGACGGUUCUGGUCGUCUUCUCUGAAAUUGAGGAUGCGUCCACCGUCAGCUUACUUGGUCAAGUGUUUACAACCAGCGUUUAAUUUUCAGAAGAAUUUGUUGAGACAAUAAUGAUGCAUGCAGUUAUAGGCAACCAAGGCAAGUCACUCACAGCAAAUAACAGCUGAUGUCACAUCCCGGUCUUUAAAAAGAAGAGAUUUUGUCACAAGUAAAUGCUUUAAAUAUUUUUUGUAAAUGGUACAUUUCUUUUCAGAAACACUUGUUAAGUAUUGGUGUCUUGUAUCUUUUGUGUGAUGCCCUUUAUUUUUGACUUUUUUUUCAACCCAUGUACUGUGGCGGCUGGACUUCGCAUCAUAAGUCCAACCUGCGUCCACUGAGCAACAACUUAAAUGUGAUACUAAUGUGAAGAUAUUGUACAGACAUUCUUCUCUUCCCCAGUGUGUAACCGAUGUACUUACUAAUUUGCCCAAUUUUGUGGAUGCAAUUUAUACAAUUUUGUUGUUAGACAUAGUGUUUGUAUGAAAUCAAAGACUUGGUGUUUAAUCACAUUAUUCUAUCCAUGUAGUUACCUCUUCAUCAGUCAGUCCACUUAAAUGUUUCGUUUUUUCAUUGUCGAUAGUAGAUUUUUUUUUUGUUGACUUUUCGAUGCUGCAAUGAAAUGUUUUUGUUUGUUUUUUAUAAUGGCAAAAAGGUUGGACAUUCUUGAAACCUGUCGAUUAAAUUUUAUUAAGUGAUA